GAUAAUGUACCCCCUACUGUAAAUGAUAAGGAUAUUAGCAGUCACUGAGGGGUUCUGUGCCCAUAUAAAGGCUUUUAUUUACAUAAUGUAAGGACUUGUUUUGCAGGUUUUUUUAAUGAAUGACUGAAUGAAUGAAUUACAACAAUAUUGGGUACCAUAUAACUAUGUGAAUGUGUUUCUUAUACCUUAAUAUGUCAACUUUACUCAUGCCAACAACUUUAAUAGUGAUUUGGCAGGAUCUCCAUCUACAAGUCCAAUUCCAAAAAAACUUGGGACAAUGUGUAAACAAUUAAUAAAAACAGAAUACAGUGCUUCGAUGGAUUUAAGAAGGUCAUUUAAGAUGGGUGAGGUCUGACAAAUCAAAAUCUUAACUUUUCAUCUUUUUGGAAAUCGUGGUCCCCCUGUUGUCGGUGUAUAGUUGAAAAGACAACAUCCUUGAUGGUAGGGGGGGUGCAUAUAACAUAUAAUGCUGUGCAUAAUUCAAUUUAUCUCAUCUUAAACAUGCAAUGUAUAAUAUAUAUAAUACAUAUUUUCUGUUUCUUACCUUUACCAGUCAUGACUAUGGAAAAUGUAGGGGCUGCUGGCAGAGCCACAGUGAGCUUCUCCCCAAACUGGGCCUCGGCAUUCACAUCUGAAUCUGUAACUCUGACUUGCAAUGUAGCUCCCUCUGCACAAGGAGACCCCCCUUAUUCCUGGUAUAAAGAUGGGGUACGGAUGGGAAUAAGGGAGCAGAACUAUACAAUAGUCAGUGCCCAAGUGAGUGACAGUGGGGAAUAUCAGUGUAAGUCCCGUAGCAGUGACCGGAGUGAGGCCGUUACACUGACAGUUAGUAAUGGUUACCUCACCCUGAAAGUUCCCCCCUUUGUGUUUGAAGGGGAUUAUUUAGAGGUUUCCUGUGCCGGGUACCCUGGGUAUGAAGCUGGGACUGCGAGACUUUACAAAGGAAAUGAUACAAUGAUAGGUUCCUCAAGCACUGGAAGUUUAUGGAUUGGAGCAGUAGCCAUGGCAACAAGUGGUUGCUACACGUGUUACAGACGAGUAGUGCACCAUGGCUAUUCUUAUGAGAAAAAGAGUGAUGUGUAUAUAUCUGUAAAAGAGCUCUUCUCAAAGCCAAAAAUAUCUGUGAAUUCAGGUUCCCUGGGUCAGAUUAAUGAAGGGGAUCCAAUUAUGUUCAAGUGCGACACCAACCUCAGCCCACGCAGAGAGACUACAGAGCUGCAGUUUGCUUUCUACAGAAAUGGGCACAAUGUGCAGGGAUUCAGUUUAUCCAACCAAUAUGGAGUCCCCUCAGCUCAGCUGGAGGAUUCUGGGAAUUAUACCUGUGAGGUACAAACUCCAACCGGCAGUGUGAGGAAGAGGAGCAACAUGGUGCAUAUCCACAUACAGGAGCUCUUCUCUUACCCACAAAUAAAAGUGAGUGCAGAUCAGGUGACAGAAGAUCACGUGACCAUAACAUGUGACACAGAGCUCCGCCCACACAGAGAGACUACAGAGCUGCAGUUUGCUUUCUACAGAAAUGGGCACAAUGUGCAGGGAUUCAGUUUAUCCAACCAAUAUGGAGUCCCCUCAGCUCAGCUGGAGGAUUCUGGGAAUUAUACCUGUGAGGUACAGACUCCAACCGGCAGUGUGAGGAAGAGGAGCAGAGAGGCACAAAUCCACAUACAGGAGCUCUUCCCUUACCCACAAAUAAAAGUGAGCCCAAAUCAGGUGAGAGAAGGAGAUCACAUGACCAUAACAUGUGACACAGAGCUCAGCCCACACAGAGAGACUACAGAGCUGCAGUUUGCUUUCUACAGAAAUGGGCACAAUGUGCAGGGAUUCAACUCAUCCAACCAAUAUGGAGUCCCCUCAGCUCAGCUGGAGGAUUCUGGGAAUUAUACCUGUGAGGCACAAACUCCAUCUGGGAGUGUAAAGAAGACAAGUGACCCAAAAAGUAUCCAGAUUAAAGAACCAGUGGCAGAUGCCAGAAUUACCCCCGGGGAGGAUGAACUUGCAGUGAUAGUAGAAGACAAUCUGUGCUUGACCUGUUCUGUAGCAAAAGGCACUAAUCCUCUGUUCCUUUGGAUUUAUAAUAAUGAGACGAUUGGCCAUGAAUCAGUACUGUACCAGGUCCGAGAGUCUGGGAAAGUGAUGUGUAUAGCGUCCGCUCAGCUUCAACAUGCUGGGACCUACUGGUGUCAGGUCAGCAACAAACUUUGGGACAACAGGAUCUUCACUGUUACCAGCAACAUUGUCACCAUAAGCAUCUCAGAGAAGAGCCACACAGUGAUGGGAAUAGGAAUCACACUGGCCUUCCUGGUUCUGCUUCUUGUUACUGCCAUUGUGGCCUUCACAUACAGGAGCAGGACGGCUUCAUCCUUCACCAACUGUCGCUUUUUCCCAAGAAGCUCAGGUGGCUCCAUUACUAAAGCCCAAUACAGGAGCAGUCAAAGAAAAUAUACUGAAGUGCAACAAGAGCCAAAUGAUGUGACACCCAGUGCAGGACAGCCAGAGUAUGGCAACAUACUUACCCAAGGCACCUCCCAUGGAAACAAUGAGGGUUAUGUUUACAUAGAUAUUAACCAUAAACCAAUAGGUUCCUCACCUCCUAUAAAUAAAAAUGAUGAAGGUUCUGUUGUUUAUGCUAUUGUGCAGAGUAAAGCCACCAGAACCUCUCAGAACCACGGGGAACCUGGUGCCACCAUUUAUGAGAACUUCAGUGCCAAAUAACUUUAGGUACCACUUAUUGGGCUUGGAGAAGUCUAUGGGGCAGAUUAAUCAAAGUACGAGUUUGAAUCCCAAAAUGGGUAACAUUUGGAUUAGAUUCGAUAAUUU